AUAUUAUAUUUUAGUAAAUAUAAUUGUCUCUAAAAUAACAGAUAAUGAAGUGAAGUGUAGGCAACUUGCAAAUCACCGCUUUAUGCCGCCAUAACAUAACCUAUAUCGUUUGUUUUUAUGUGUUUUCUGUGUACCAACGUGUUUUUCGGAAUACCAGACAGAAUUAAAUUUCCCGUUCAACAAAAUGCUUCGAAGACAAGCCCGUUUACGGCGGGAGUAUUUGUACCGCAAAACAGUAGAAGACAAACAAAAAACCAUUCAAGAUAACAAAUCAAAAAUUAAAAAAAGUCUAGAACACAAUACAGCCAUUCACGGUGACUUACAAGAAAAAGCCAUACAUUACUCAAAAAAACUAGAAUGGGAAGAUGCAGGACCCUCACAAGCCGCCCUGAUGGGUGGAGAAAGUGGUGGAACCAUAGCAAACUCACAAGAUGAUGAAUACCGUUAUGCCGGAGUGGAAGAUCCAAAAAUUGUAAUCACAACUUCGAGAGAUCCCAGUGCAAGGCUCAAAAUGUUUGUUAAAGAAUUAAGGCUUAUAUUUCCAAAUGCUCAAAGGCUUAAUCGCGGUAAUUAUGAGAUGAAACAGCUGAUACAAGCAUGCAGGUCCAAUGAUGUCACAGACUUUAUAGUGGUCCAUGAACAUAGAGGAGUUCCUGAUGGUUUAGUUAUAUGUCAUCUGCCUUAUGGCCCCACAGCAUAUUUUAACAUGUCUGAUGUUGUUAUGAGGCAUGACAUUCCUGACAUAGGCACAAUGUCUGAACAGUACCCACACUUGAUAUUUCACAAUUUUAAAUCAAAAUUAGGAGAGAGAACUAUGAACAUUUUAAAAUAUCUUUUCCCAGUUCCCAAAGAAGAUUCAAAAAGGGUUAUAACUUUUGCCAACCAUGAUGACUAUAUCAGUUUCAGGCAGCACACUUAUAGAACUGUUGAUAGAGAGAUUGAACUAUCAGAAGUAGGACCCCGUUUUCAAUUGAAGUUGUAUCAAAUCAAAUUGGGAACAUUGGAUAUUGCAGACUCUGCAGACACAGAGUGGGCUUUAAGGCCCUAUAUGAAUACCUCGUUUAAAAGGAGGUUUUUGAGUGAUGAUGAUGGAUGGAAGCAGGAUGAUGAUGUGAUGAAUGUUUAGAAUAUUGUACUCUUGUGAACAUUUUAUAAAAUUUAGCUAUAACUUACUUUUUUCAAAAAGAUUUUAAAUUAAUUACAUAUAUUUUGUUUGCCCCUAAUUUUAUUAUAUUAAUUAAUCACUUACUACUAAUGUUUAAUUUUUAAUCAGCAGACGUUUAAUUUUUGUAUAUAUAUUAUAUUUGUUACUUUAUUUUUAUGAAUAUAAGUGAAGGAAUAUA